AUGGCCAAGCACCUGACUUGGGCGAUCAUAUACUGCUCCCCUUGCCAUUCGCGUGUCAGGUCUGGUUCCGACGAUGAGUCGCGACAUGCGAACGUUGGUAUUGGGUUCCAAACCUCCGGUAGAUCUCGUUUGUGGAUCGGAUCCCUGGCCAAGUGCGUCAAUGACAUACGCAACCUCGCACCACACCAACCGUCGGUCCUCAGUUUGUUUCGUGGAAGAUUGCCAAUCCCGAGGACGGUGCUGUGGGUUAUGGGCCGAUAG